GCCAUCUUGCCAAACAUUCCCGUCUAAUACUUUUACCCUCCUAGCCCUAGUGCCAAACACAAUCGUCGCUAGUGUCGCAGAGCUCGCAUGCGUAUUCUCUCCCGUCUAAUUUCCUCAUCAAGUUCCAUUGGCUACCAUUUUCUCCCUCGACUCAGCUCGCGCCACCCACUCUUAGCCCAACUAUCAACCCUAAUCCACCCCUUGAAAAGCCCCUCACCACCAAUGGACACUACUGAGGAUUCCCUCCGCAAAGCCCUUGCCGAGAAGCAAUCUGCUGUUGAAGGGCAAGGCAAUGCUGUCCGUGCACUCAAAGCCGCCAAAGUGGCUAAGGCCGAAAUCGACGCCGCAAUCGGAACUCUUAACGCUUUAAAGCUUGAGAAGUCUGCGAUCGAGCAGCAGCUUCAAGCUGCCGUCAGUGGUAAUGGUCCUGAUAGCUCCGUAAACAGGGAAGCGUUUCGUCAAGCUGUGGUUAACACUCUGGAAAGGCGUUUAUUUUACAUUCCAUCGUUCAAGAUUUAUAGAGGCGUCGCUGGCCUUUACGAUUAUGGGCCUCCCGGUUGCGCCGUUAAGUCCAAUGUCCUUGCUUUCUGGCGCCAGCAUUUUGUUCUCGAGGAGAGCAUGUUGGAGGUUGACUGCCCGUGCGUGACGCCUGAGGUUGUCCUCAAAGCAUCUGGUCAUGUGGAUAAGUUCACAGACCUUAUGGUUAAGGAUGGGGAAACCGGGACCUGUUACAGGGCUGAUCACUUGUUAAAAGAUUUUUGUAAUGAGAAGCUUCAAAAAGAUCUUUCCAUAACUGCAGAGAAGGCUGCAGAACUUAAACAUGUUCUUGCAGUUUUGGAUGAUCUCUCAACUGAAGAGCUGGGUGCAAAGAUCAAAGAGUAUGGCAUUGUGGCUCCAGACACAAAAAAUCCCCUUUCGGAUCCCUAUCCAUUCAACUUAAUGUUUCAAACAUCAAUUGGCCCUUCUGGUCUGCUCCCUGGUUAUAUGCGUCCUGAAACAGCACAAGGCAUAUUUGUAAACUUUAAGGACUUGUACUACUAUAAUGGGAACAAACUCCCUUUUGCUGCUGCUCAAAUUGGUCAGGCUUUCAGAAAUGAGAUCUCUCCUCGCCAAGGCCUUCUGAGAGUCCGUGAAUUCACAUUAGCAGAGAUUGAGCAUUUUGUUGAUCCUGAAGAUAAAUCUCACCCAAAGUACCCUGAAGUUGCAGAUCUUGAAUUUCUGAUGUUCCCAAGGGACAAGCAAAUGUCUGGCCAGUCUGCAAAGAGAAUUCGGCUUGGUGAAGCAGUUUCAAAGGGAAUUGUCAACAAUGAAACUCUUGGCUAUUUCAUUGGGAGAGUUUAUCUCUUCCUAACUUGUCUUGGUAUAGACAAGGAGCGAUUACGAUUCAGGCAGCAUCUUGCAAAUGAAAUGGCCCACUAUGCUGCAGACUGUUGGGAUGCUGAGAUCGAGUGUUCCUAUGGUUGGAUUGAGUGUGUUGGUAUUGCUGAUAGAUCUGCUUAUGACCUGCGUGCUCAUUCGGAGAAAAGCGGAGUCCCUCUUGUGGCCCAUGAAAAAUUUUCAGAACCAAUAGAAGUGGAGAAGCUGGUUAUAGCACCAGUGAAGAGAGAGCUGGGGCUUGCAUUUAAGGGUAACCAAAAAAUGGUGGUUGAAGCUUUGGAGGCAAUGAAUGAAAAAGAGGCUAUGGAAAUGAAAGCCUCACUGGAAACCAAGGGGGAAGUAGAGUUUUAUGUCUGUACUCUCGAGAAAAAUGUGUGCAUUAAGAAGAAUAUGGUCACAAUUUCAAAGGAGAAGAAGAAGGAAUACCAAAGAGUUUUCACACCAUCAGUAAUUGAGCCAUCUUUUGGCAUUGGACGUAUAAUAUAUUGCCUCUUUGAGCAUUCUUUCUAUAUGAGGCCCAGUAAAGCUGGGGAUGAACAGUUAAAUGUUUUCCGCUUUCCUCCUGUUGUGGCCCCUAUUAAAUGCACUGUUUUCCCACUCGUUCAGAAUCAGCAGUAUGAGGAGGUUGCAAAAGUCAUUUCCAGGUCGCUGACUGCUGCUGGAAUCUCUCAUAAGAUUGAUAUUACAGGCACUUCAAUUGGCAAACGAUAUGCAAGGACAGAUGAACUGGGUGUACCCUUUGCAAUAACAGUUGAUUCAACGUCCUCUGUGACAAUCAGAGAGAGGGAUAGCAAGGAUCAAAUCCGUGUUAAUGUGGAAGAAGCAGCAUCAGUUGUGAAGUCAGUGACUGAUGGGCAGAGAACAUGGGAUGAUGUAUGGUCGAAAUUCCCUCAUCACUCUUCUGGAUCAACAGAGGAUUAAAUUUUGGGCAACCAAAAGAAUACGAUACACUGCGACUCUCACAUACUGGCAUCUUGAGCGGCCAAGGAAUAAAAGAAAAAAAAAAUCUACCUUUAAUUUGUAUUUUGAAUUUCUUAACCUAUUUAGGUUAAGCAUUUUCUACGUUGUGCGGGAUAGUUGUACCAUAAAUGAUAAACCUGCCAGUAGUCCCAGCUGCGGGUCGGUUUUGGUCCUGGCGUUCUGGUUCCCGUCUGGGUUGGGGGUGGUUUGGUUCUGGUUCGAGCAGUCUGGUUUUAGUUUCGAACUGGCGGAAAUGAUUUUUUUACUGUUAAAAAUAAUAUGUAAUUUUGAAUCA